ACUCCCUGCCGGAGGAGGCUGUGGAGGCCAAGCCCAGGACAGGGUUAGACCAGGCCGCUCCAUGGCCCCUAACCGGGAUGGUGGCCCUGGCCUGUUAGCCGGAAGCUGGGAACGGGAGACUCACGGACUGUCCUGACCGGGGGUCUAUGGGCCUCCCCAGCCGGACUCCCCGCCCCGCGCCUGGCGGCGGCUUGGCCUGUCCGCGGGCCGGGCGGGGGUGGGGGCUGCCCAGAGCCCCUCACCACUGACUAGGACUCAGCCCCCCCCCCCCCAAGAUGGCGGCCCGGUUGCCAUAGCAGCCCGUCGCGCUUCCUACUGAGCCCCUGGAACAUCAUGAUCAAGCACCGCCAGGUGCAGCGGCGGGGUCGGCGCUCGCAGAUGACAACAAGCUUUACAGAUCCUGCCGUCUCCAUGGAUUUGCUGCGAGCUGUUCUGCAGCCUAGUAUCAAUGAGGAGAUCCAGAUUGUCUUCAAUAAAUACAUGAAGUUUUUCCAGAAGGCAGCAGUUAACGUGAGAGAGAACGUCGGGGAGGAGGUGGACCCAGAGCAGCUCAUCCAGGAAACAUGUCGGAGCUGCCUAGAACAGGCCAAGCUGCUGUUCUCUGAUGGCAAGAAGGUGAUACCCAGACUGAUCCAUGAGCAGCCAGUGCCAAAGCGUGCCCGGCAGAUGGAAGAGGAAUCGAGUCGGCGAGGAAGCCCUGUUCCCAAAAAGAGGAAGGGGCGACCUCCAGGACAGAGCCUGCUGAAUGAUCGUGGAGCCUCAGGUGUGGCCACGUGGAAGCUCAAAUCUUGUGAGCCAGUGCGCCGGGAGGGACCAAAGUGGGAUCCAGCCCGGCUGACUGAGUCCACAACCUUUGUGCUGGGAUCUCGAGCAAACAAGGCUCUCGGAAUGGGAGGAACCAGAGGGCGACUCUACAUCAAACAUCCCCAUCUCUUUAAGUAUGCGGCUGAUCCUCAAGACAAGCACUGGCUGGCAGAACAGCAGCACAUGAGGGCCACAGGGGGCAAGAUGGCCUACCUCCUCAUAGAGGAGGAUAUUCAGGAUCUGGCUGCCAGUGAUGAUUACAGGGGCUCUCUUGAUUUGAAGCUGGAGGAACUAAAACCUUUUAUCCCACCGGCAUGGAUGACUGAAAAGAUGCAGAAAUAUAUGGAGACACUUCGCCAUGAAGGGGACCCACAGCCUCCAGAGGGAACCCAUGAGACAUAAGAACCCUCACCCUCCCUGCCAAGCGGCGCCCAGUCACAACAUGGACUCUCACGGGAGUUUCCCUAUCUUUCCUUCCUUUGUGUUCCACUGGACAUGUUGGGGCUUGUGCUUUUGUUGGCCCAGGUACCAGAAUGCUGCCCACAGGGAAAAGCAGUGCAGCAGCUGUGAUGAAACCUCCUGAGAGCCGUUUGGGCCAUUCCCCUUAGUCGGUGGUGGCUGGCAGUAAGCAAAGUCACUGGCUGCUUCCUGCUUCUCUUCAGAGCUGCACUUUUCUAUUUGUGUGAACUUCCUGUUUCAGAUCCUCUGUGUACAAACAGAUUUGUAAUAAAUGCUGCUGCCAGAA